AUGGAGGCCCAACCACCGCCGUCCGACUCCGCACGAGAGAACUCGCUCCUCCUGAAACUUAUCUACUGGCAUAAACUCUUCGACUCCGACACCCCGCCGCGUUUAGGCAUCGACGUCGAGAAGCGCAUUCCCUAUGCAACUGUUUCCGCCUUCACUACAGGCGCCGCCCUUGGAUAUUAUCAUGGCAGCAAUAGGGCAGGCCUCCGAUUUCGUGCCGAAAAUGCCCAUCGGUUCCCUACAACGUCCGCCGGGUGGUUUCAGUACCACAAGACUAAGAACUACAUCUCCGUGGUGGGAGGCGUGAAGGACGCCAUGAAAAUGGGCUCGAAGCUCGGUGCCGGUGCACUUGCAUUCUGUCUAUUUGAGGAGACAGUGGACUAUGCCCGUCAUGAUGAGAGAGACUUCCUUUCGACGGUCACAGCGGGAUUGUCAUUUUCUGGAAUAUACAGUUUACUAGGUAAAAGAGUUUGGGGCUUUCCUCUUUAUGACCUUAAAACAAAUAACACUGACGCAUCUCACGUUCUAGCUCGCCACGAUGUCUACACUGCCGCCCGCACAGCAAAGCUCGGAUUGAAAUUGAGUCUCGUGUAUGGAUUGUUGCAAGAUGGUCUAGAGUCAAUUAAAGGGAAUCGACCCACAUAUGUGGACUUUCUCAUGGGCAACCGUCGGUCCAAGUCCAGCAAGGAAGGAUCUAUUUGA